GCCCAGCCGGAUUGAAUCAACUGCUCAAUUAUCUUCUGCACAACAAAUUCUAAUUGACAUUCCAACCUCUUGCAUUUGAUAUUGUUCACACGUAAUCUGUCAAUCAUGAUGUGUAUGUCACCAGCAGCCCUCGUUAGAUCCAUAAAGAUUUAUAACGCUUACGUCCUUGAGCAGCAACACCGAUGACAGACCCCGUUCCAGAGCGCAGCAGCUGGUGGAAACAACAUAACGCAUAUUAUGGCGUACCAACAGAAGGGUCAAACGAUCUCGAUUUCCGUCCGGCACCAAGAAUAUUCAGAUAUCCAGGACCAUUGACUGAAGAUAAUCCAAACACCCACGACAGUUCAGGCAAAACAAAAUCUUUCCUGGAUUAUGGUGAUCCUAAGCCCCGCAUCUAGUCUCAUGAGAACAUGCCACCCGACCCCAGCAGGAGUCAAUGGAGUUUCACGCCGAACACUUCAACGCACAUCGCUCAAAUACUUCAAAUACUUGAACUAGGAGACCUAGCCUUCGCACAAGCCAAAAAUGGACAGGUUAUGACGCCUCCGCGAUGUGGUCGUGAUCAUACAUUCCCGGAGAUACUAGCAGCGACCGCUCUGGCCAAAAUGCAAGAAAGUGGAUUCAAGGAAUUACCAUCUCAAGAGGAUACCUUCGAGUUGUACCAUAAUUGGAAUAUGUAUGUUGAUCGAGCGGGAUUAUCUAAUGCUGAGAUUCCGUGGGGUUUCAGAGAUGCUUUUGAUGCAGACGGUAAACGAAAGAUUAGCUGGAUGGCUGUGAGUAGCUCUUGCUUUGGAUUUCAUAGCUUCCAUUCAGAUACUAAUGUUGUUUAGUAUAACGACAAUAUUUUACCCUAUGUUGCGAGUUUGAUGAACGGGCAGAGUGUGGCUUACGAGGCUUCGCCGGUUACUACUCUUCUCGAACUGGAAGUUCAGAAGGAUAUGGAGAAGAUGCUGAAGGCGCAGGAGUUGGUCGUCAAUGCUACUUCUUUUAUGAAGUCUUUUUCUGAUCUAUUUCCUAAGCGAGGGUAGUGAAGCUCUAUACAUAUGUCGGUCUCUGAAUCACAUGGAUGAUAUAUGUGUAGCAUGGACUGUCUUUAAUGAAUCAUCGCGGAUGUCACUUGCUAUCGUUUGAAAUUGGGUUCUAUGUGUCAGCAGAUCAUGAAAUAAUUCAGAAUGAGGGCAAUGAAUUUCUGAAUUCUGUACUAGUUAUCAUUUAUUUUAAUUGACCUGAGUCACUCUUUGACUUCAUUGAGC